AACGGUGCGCGCCGCGCUACGAUCCGACGAGAACGUGUGACUUUUAAUCUCCCCUCCUUGGGUAUCGCGAACCGCAAGUCUUCCUCGAGAUGGAACGAACUGCUUUGACGCCGCUUUCAGUUCGGGAGCUCGAGCUCAAUAGAGGUGACUUCUCUAACUUAAUCAAUCUCCAGAGAAUGAGUCUGGAACCUCAAGGACUGUCCCCCGAAGAGGAAAUCCUAAGGCUCCGCGGCCGGCGAUCCUUCGAAGUUCACGCUCCAAUCAAUAUCGCUCGCUAUACUUUGAGUCCUACGAAGAAAGUGAAGUCGCCUGCCAAAGCCCUGCAGUUCCGCUCACCUCGGAAACGUCCCCAGACUGACGAUGCCUCACCUUCGAAAGCGUCCGGUAGUCCGUCGAAGCCCGCGAAGAGGUGCCGGCUACUCACGAAACUCAAGGACGAAACAGAUCCAACGACGGCGCUCCGUUCUCUGAACAAAGAUCAGCUCCUUUCGUUGCUGUCCAGAGCGAUGACCGACGAAGAGGUGCGAGCCCAGGUUUCGUCUCAAAUCCCGGUCCCGGAUCUUCAGCGUAUGGAAGGCAAAUUGCAGCAGAGGCUCAAGAUCGUACUCAGCUGCACGGGAGGCAAACAACAGCUCAGCCCCUCCGUGAGCUACAAGAAGAUGCAUCCCUCACUUGACGCCUUCAAGCUGAAAGUCACAAGCCACACCGAGAGUCUCCUCAGGGGAGAGCAAUGGAGCGCUGGAUUGGAGUACGUGCUCUUGGCGUGGCCUUACGUGCGACAACUACCCGAAUGGCGAGACAACAUUCAGAAUCGCACCAGGCUCCAAUGUUUCAAGAUUUUGGCUGGACUCCUGGCUACCUGUUUACCUUUAUGUACGAACUUGACAGACGCCCACAAAGAAGUUCUCGCCAGAAGGCUCAACGCUAUGAAACCUGACUGCCCCCAGGUCAUUCUACCGCUAGUCGGUAGUUUGCAACACAGCACUUGAACUGACUCCGACUUGUUGAGUAUCCCAGACUUGGUUUUAAAAAACUUGUGUCACAUGAACUCACUCGAACGUCAUUUACGAUAAUAUUCUCUCCACUGAACGAGGGUGGAAAUUAUAUGCGACAGAAACUUCCAGACAGAAACUUUGUGCGCGAGCUAUCGUCGCAGUUUCGGAUUGUCGUCAAAAACGAGCGCGGGAAACAUUCCGUUGAUGCGAGCGAGAUCGGAUCGAACGCAUUCCCUUGAAACAUCGGUCCAAUAAGGGUCGCUCUGAGGUAGCACUCAAAACAAAAGAGUUAAUUUUUCAAAGCUGUUUUCUCAUAUCCAAAGCUUGUUAACGCGAUGACUAGGUAGUGUUGUGACCUCGAUUCAGAAGCGCUGAAAUUGUCGUUUAAGAGAAGCCCUGAUAAAAUUUGAUUAAUUCCCAAUCCA